AAGGAAGGAAGGAAGGAAGGAAGGAAGGAAGAAAAAAAAUGUAAAGUAAUAAACUUCAGAAUGUCCUUUGCAUUAGCAAAAUGGAGGAGUUAGGAAGACCUGGAUUCAAAUUUUGCCUCUCCUUCCUCCAUAUGUGACUUGAGGGCCCCCUUUUCUUCAUCUGUAAAAUAAGAAGUUGAAAUGGGAUGUCAUCUAAGGUCCCUUCCCAUCAUGGGUCCAUGGGCAAGCCAUGUGAGCCUCUCUGAAAUGUAGUUUUCUUAUCUGCAAAAUGGAAAUAAUCAUACCUGUAGCACUUAAGUCAAAUGAUUUUUGGAAAGUGCUGAGGAAACCUUUCAAUGCUCCAGAAACCCCAGAUAUUAUUUUUCAGUGUUCUAUGUUACAGGAAGCAACAGGUUUUGUGAGGACUGGAUGCAGGCGUUCCUGAAUGCUGCAGAGGGUGGCAACCCAUUUCUUUUCCGACAAAUCCUAGAGAACUUUAAACUGAAGGCUAUCCAAGACACAAACAACCUGAAGAGAUUUAUUCGCCAGGCAGAAAUGAAUCAUUAUGCCUUGUUUAAGUGUUACUUGUUUCUGAAGAACUGUGGCAGUGGAGACAUCCUACUGAAGAUAGUUAAAGUGGAGCACGAAGAAAUGCCUGAAGCCAAAAACGUGAUCUCAGCCCUGGAAGGAUUCAUGAAAGAGGAAGCUGCUGCCCAGACUUCUUAAUCAUUCGGUUUUAUACACUCUGAAAUUGUUGCCACACAGUACUGUACCGUCCUACUCUCCUGAGUGAUUAGAACCCAUUUGUUUUUGUCAUAAUGGGUUAUACUAUCCCAGAGCAUUAGGUGAUUUCCAAUUAAUUCUAGGUUGCAGUCUCUUAGUGGUUUAAAUCAUGUUAAAACCAGAAAGAACAUUUUCCUUUGAGUCUUAGGUAUAAAAGUAUACAUAAGCAUAGUUGUUCUCCUUGUCGACAUUUAGCCUCCUCGAUCAUAGAAUUUUGGGGUUGAAAGGAUCCACUGGAGGCUGUCUGAUCUCUCUCGUCCCCCAACUUUGUAUGGGCAUUCCUGGUUUUUUAGGUGCUCAGAAAGAGAUUCUGCAGUCUCGUUAGCCCAUUCCUCUGUUUAAAACACUGUUAAGACAUUUUCCACGGCAGAAAAUCAUGGUUCUUUCUCAAUCAUCCCAAGAUUUCGCAUCCUGUAGCUUCUUUGAGAUGAUACAGUCCUAGACUUGAGGCCAGCCUGCUUCACAAAAGCAUUCCAAAGACAGGUAUAGAACGCAGCCCACGUCUUAAAAGCUUUGCACUCUGUGGGUGCCUGAUGUAGUCUGUUAGAUAAUGGCAACGAUGCUAUGGUCAGCCGGGGUGCUGAUGUGCAUAAAACUUGAAUUUGUAACAAGCUGGUAGAAUAGGUGUGCCAGUUUGAAGGUUUGUGAAAUCAUCACCACGAUGGAUCCAACGAAUCCUUUAAAGAAUAGACUUUUCUCUUUUUUUCCAUAAAGCUGGAAAUGCUUGACUUGGGAAGGGAGUGAUUAGAGAUGGGGAAAAGGAAAAACAAAGGCUUUCUACUGGCAACUUGUAACUUCAGAAACUCAGCAGAGAUUCUUCAUUACCUUCAGAUGUGGGCAUUGAUUUUUGAUUUCUGUACUUUCAUUCUUCUCCUCAAAUUGUUUUGCUCCAAAUCAAUGAAAAGUCUGCUCUCGGGAGACUCGGAUAUCUUUCCACUGGAACAGAUUGCAGCGGCACAGAUGUAGUAGUGGUUUUCCUUCUGUAGAACUUUUUAAAUAAACCCCACUUGAUCAU